AUGUGGCUAACAGGAUACCCCCCUUCCUCCAAGGAGUAUUUCGAAAGCUUCCUUUUGACUGAACCCGGCUCAUUCACCGCCUCCGGGAUCGAGCCUUGCUUCAACGAGUAUGUCGAACGCUUCAUGUAUCCUGGAUUCGGCCAGCACGUGGUGAGCAGUCCGUCGUCAUACAUCGCCUACGAGAUGGAGUAUGGCCAAGAGCCGUACACAAAACAGACGUACCCUCUGCCAUCCCAAUCGACAAGCUACAAGGUCGCCUCGAACGAGGACAACAAAGAUUUGGACUGGCCCGAGGGCGUUGACAUAGACCCCUUGAUAGCGGCGAUAUAUCGCAACGCGAUGAAGAGCCCGCUCUGCGGGGAGCCGGGCUCCCCGACCACAUCUUGGUCAACAUCAUGCAGCAAACGGAUCUGA